AUGAGGAACUUCUUGUGUUCAAAAGCGUCUUUUCUCCUACUAGUCAUUCUUCUAUUGACAAACUGUUUUGACAUUGAAGCUCAGAAAUGUCGUCCAAGCGGCAGGAUCAGGGGAAAGAAGUCCCCUUCUGCGGUUUCUAGCAACACCAAGGCCUAUCUCACACUCAACAGCUUUGAAGAUGGAGGAGAUGGUGGUGGUCUAUCGGAAUGUGACAACCAGUACCACUCUGAUGACACACCUGUGGUGGCGCUGUCUACGGGUUGGUUCAACGACAAGAGCAGGUGUCUUAACAAUAUCACCAUAAGUGCCAAUGGGCGAAACGUGUUGGCCAUGGUGGUGGACGAGUGUGACUCAACAAUGGGGUGUGAUGCAGACCAUGAUUAUCAACCUCCAUGUCCCAACAACAUUGUUGAUGCCUCCAAGGCUGUGUGGGAAGCCUUAGGUGUAUCUCGUGAAGAAUGGGGUGGUUUGGAUAUUACAUGGUCCGAUUCUUAA